AUGUCUUCAGAUUUAUAUGCUGAGUGCAUAUUAUAUAAUGAGGUUCUCAAAAGGAAUCCGAAGUCCAUCAAGGAAAUGUUCAGUGCAACAAAAAUAGCUGAGAUCAAGAAAUUUAUUUCAAAUAACGCUGACAUACCUGCUAUGAAAGUAUGUGCUGAAACGUAUCUGACCACACGAAAACGUCCAGCUCCUUCGUCAACUUCGACGCCUGUAGCUAAAAAAAGAGCAGUCGACAAGGGUGACUCCUCGGAUUCCGACGAUUCCUCAGACGACGAGACGGUGAAGAAGCCAGUGGUUCCAAAUGGCAAACCUAUGAUGAACGGAUUAAAACGCAAGGGUAAAUCUUCGUCUUCUUCUUCAUCCGAUUCCGAUACGGCUAAACCGACCGUGAAGAAGGCACCAGUG